AGCCGCAGUCCACGCUCAAGCAAGGAUUGGGACCACUGCCGCCCCUGCCUGCCAGCCACAGUCUCCGCUGCUGGAAAACCUCUAGAACUGGGGACUGGGGCUGGAUGCCCGGGCCUGGAACCCUGCACUCUUUAUUCUGCCUGGAGAGAACCGUGAGCUUCAGAAGAACAGACUAUUCAGCACCUGGACAGUGGUGAUGUCUGGUGGGGCUUGGACCCAGAACAAGGUCCAGCUGUGUGCCGAAGGAGUAGUGCUGAAUACCAGACAGGUGGAAGGCCAGAGAGAAGUUCCAGGGCAUAGUUGUGCUUCCACCCAGGCCUCAUCUCAUUUUCAUCCCCUGGUAUAGGAAGAUUUUCCCUUAGCACCAGAAGCCACAGAGUUGCAUCCCCAUUCCUGAAGAAGUCUCUUAUCCUCUAAAGUGUGAAGGAAUCUUCUCCAUUUGGGCUGGAUCAAAUUUCAUCUGGAGCAUGCUUGGAAUGUGCUGUGUUGAAGAAGUCCCUUAUCUCUGGUUUAUCUCAGGUUUUAUUUUUUUUAAUUGAAUAGGGGGCUGACCCCAGGUCUUAGGACUCAAGGUAAAGCUUCAUACUCUUAAGAAGUUGAGAAAGUUGACUUUAAGCUCCAGAAGGGACUUGGUGGGUUGACUUUAGGUUUCAGGGACUUAGGAGAAUCAACUUCAGACUUUAGGCUCUACAUCCGUGGCCCUCAAAUGUGAGGUCCUUGGAAGAGAGAAGGGAGGCCAAGAGGUAGUUAAGGCUCACCAUGGUGCUUCCACCACCAGACAAGCGCCAUGUGUGCUUGACCACAGUGGUCAUCAUGAGUAGCAUGGCCUUUAUGGAUGCCUAUCUUGUGGAGCAGAGCCAGGGCCCACGGAAGAUUGGCGUGUGUAUCAUCGUGCUGGUGGGCGAUGUGUGCUUCUUGCUUGUCCUGCGCUAUGUGGCUGUGUGGGUCGGGGCUGAGGUGCGUACUGCAAAGCGUGGCUAUGCCAUGAUCCUCUGGUUCCUCUAUAUCUUCGUGCUACAGAUCAAGCUUUACUUCAUUUUCCAGAACUACAAGGCUGCCCGGCGUGGUGCUGCUGAUCCAGUUGCACGCAAGGCGCUGACACUUCUAUUGUCUGUGUGUGUACCGGGCCUCUUCCUACUGCUUGUGGCCCUAGACAGCAUGGAGUAUGUGCGUACUUUCCGCAAAAAGGAGGAUCUGCGUGGCCGUCUUUUCUGGGUUGCCCUGGAUCUGCUUGACCUGCUUGACAUUCAGGCAAACCUUUGGGAGCCUCCACGCACAGGACUGCCUCUUUGGGCCGAGGGCCUUAUGUUUUUCUACUGCUACAUGCUGUUGCUUAUUCUGCCCUGUGUAUCACUCAGUGAGAUAAGUAUGCAGGGUGAGCACAUUUCCCCUCAAAAGAUGAUGCUCUAUCCUGUGCUCAGCCUGGUUACUGUCAAUGUGGUCACUGUCCUGGUACGUGCUGCCAAUAUGGUGCUCUUCUACGACAGCCGAGUCUCAACUAUCUUCAUUGGAAAGAAUGUGGUAGCAUUGGCUACUAAGACCUGUACCUUCCUGGAGUAUCGGCGCCAGGUUCGCGACUUCCCACCCCCUCAUGGGGCACUUGCCCUUGAAUUGCAACCACCUCAACCCCCCCCACCCCAAUUGCUGCACAACUCAGUGCCUCAUGCACCACCUAUUCAUAGUGGCCCUGGUGUCCCCCAUGGGCCUUCCCCCACUCGGGACACACUGGACACGUGACAGGUACUGCCUACCAUGGCCCCUGCUCAUGUGGAUGAAGCUUGGGCACAUGAAUCUGUGGAGGGACUUGUGGGUGGGCAAGGAUCAAAUAUGGUUUGCAUGGGACAGCAGGGCCAGAGCCAGAAUGGGAGGAGCUCCCACCUUCCCUACACUCAGGCUCAGCCUGGGAUCUCCGAGGUCUCUUCAUCUCAGGAAUAAUCUGGGGUGUCCCUGAAAACCAAAUGGAUCCUCCAAUCCCUGGACCACUCUCCCUGGGUCAGAGAACUUCCCAGGGCAUUUUAAGGAUUGUCAGGGCUACUUAAUUCAGUCCAUACUAAUUCAGCUGUAGCCUUGGAAAUGAAUCCUCCCUUUGCUAGGUAGAGAGGGCAAAGGGAGGAUAAGAAUGCUUCCCAUGUUCCCUGAAUUUAGGCUUGUGAUCUGUCAUUUUAAAGACUCCUUCACAAUUUUCUAUUCAAAGAUUGGGCCUUCAGAGUCAAUUUUCAAUAAUUUUAGGCCCCAGAGUACUUCUGGGAUUUGGAGAUUGGCUCAUAGUAUAUGAGAUGCAUGUGACAGGAUUGGCUCUAUGGACUGAUGAUUAGUGGCUCUAUGGGGGUCAUAAAGACAUAGCUUCCUAUUUCUUUGUUUUUAUGAUUUCCUAAUUUGUCUACUCUGGGUCACUAUUACUUUUCCUGAGAGAUGUUUGCAUCUUACUGAGAUAUCACCAUAUACACUAGACAUACCCAUUCCCAAAGCCCUCAGUAUAUAUUACCCAUGUGCCCUGAACCUCUCCUGAAUACAUCAGCAAAUAUAAAAGUUUCAUGGUCCCCACA